AUGACAGCAUGGACUCUCGUCCAGAUCAUGCGCCAAAGCGUCCGCUCUCGCUCAGGCUCGCUUAGCAUCGGCGGAAAAGGCGAACUAGAAACAGCACAGCACUCAGCCUUGCCGCUUACUCCGCUACCUCGGUACGAGAUGGGCGAUCGCGAGGCUCCGAUCAUUCUGGGGAUCCUUGCUUCUCAUGACAAGCUCUAUAUCCCAAAGUCCGCCGCUUCGGGCGUUGCAGGUUUCGCCCAACUGAGCUCGCAACAUCAAGGCGCGGACGGCAAAUCGUGGGACUUCGCCCUGCAUCAAGCUCGCGUGCCGAGUGCUCGAGCGACGGCGAGAUGGGCGCUGUUGCUCGCGAUCUUGAAGGCACACACGGACGUUCGCGAUCCCAUGGCUUCGUCGUCAUCGUGCCUGCUUGUUCGCAGAUCUCAAGUCGGACCUUCCAUGCCGUCUCGCUUUGCAUCUCGUCCGUCCAUUGCGCCGCCGACGAAUCUGGGGUCGGAGCUGCACGGCAAAGUUCGAGGGUCCCUGCUUCGAUGCCACGGCAAUGUCGUGGGCCCUGCUGUUCCUGCAUCGCUGCAUUAUUUUCUGCCUCGAUCGUGCCUCGCGCCCUCCACCCGCCAAAACGGUCGUCUGGAAUCCGAGGUAUCCGCGCCGCACGAUCCAGGAUCGUCCGUUCCAGUUUCAUCGACACACGGUCUCCAGCCGAUCCGCCGAGACGGAACAAGAGCGGUGAAGUGUAUUGCCAUGCGCAGAAGGCAGCUUGCACUCGAAGUUGGGGCGUCUUCGGUGCUCGGGAAGCAUGAACUUGUGAGCACAAUUCUGCCUCGUCCCGCGCACUUUGACGUCUCCGUGACGACCAUGUCCGCUGGUACACACUCACGAAAUGCCGACCCAGCUUUGGGGACAGAUGCACCAACGCCCGAUGCUUCCGUCCAUCAUGAACAGCGUCGUAUAGGCAACAUCUGUGCCAUCCUCGUUCGCAAUCUCUCACUGAGACCAACACGCGAUCGUGCGCUCCAGACCCUUGCUUCCGAGCGCCCCGGCGGCUCGAGUCGCUACCACACAACCUCAGACGAUGCCGAUCUGACGCUCAGUCUUGCGCGGUCCAACAGCAAAGGCAAAAGCAAGGCACAGACUGAAGUCGCGCAUCCGCGCCGCAGGAGUGCCAGCUGGAGUCGGCUCGAUCCAAACUCGUCCGGCGAUCCGUCGGCAGACGAGCUCGACGACGACCUCGCAUCUCCCGUGACUGCGAGCAGAACACUUGCAGCAAGGAAGCGUAGAGACCCACGUGGACGCCCUGCCGUCCUUGCCAAUCGUCGCCGCACGUCGGAUCACGAGCUGACACCGGCCAGCAGCGCGCAUUCGGUAGGCUCCGCCGACAGUUUACACGCAGAGGCGAGCCCGCGUCCAAUUCUCAAACGAUCCUCCAGCACUCGCGAUGGCAGGGAUGCGAGGAUGCAAUCCGGAUCCCCAAGCAAUUCGUCUACAUCUGGCUUCCUCGACGAGCUGGGCGCCAACACGACCAUGCUAUCGCGCUCCGACUCGCGCAGCUCCUCACACUCGUCGCACACCAUCCGCAGGCCGUCACAUCGCGCCAGGACCACCAGCAUGACAUCCUCCGGCAGCUUCCGUAGCGUUCGCUUUGACGAAAGCCAAAUGGGCUUAUCAGAUGAUACGCGGCGUCCGACGCGCGCCUCGGGCCGCAUCCAUCCCUCCUCACGCUUCUCGCUCUUUUCGCACAAGAGCCUCGCGCAGAUCAUGCAAGAGCGCAUGCUCGAAUGCUACGUAGAGCUCUCCGUGGUCGACAGCGACAGUCCGACUGACAAGGCCGCAAAAGCAGCAGCAUCCAAGAAUGUCUUUUACCGCAGCCCGAACUCCAAACCCGGCCUACAUCACUCGUGGGGCUAUCAAGGGGGUGAUUCGAUCCUGCCGCAGCGCGAUUUCAACUUGUCGCCAGGCACGCUGUCACCAGCUGCGCCUCUGGAAGCCUCUCAGCUUCGAAUCGCAGUAUGGGCGCGCCCGCCGCCUGCACCUCUGGCAGGUGCCACUUCAGACAAACUCGCCUCAACACGAGCAGCGGAGGAGUGGAAGCUGGUGUGCCAAUCAAGCGUCGAUCUGCGCGACCUUGAGCCGCUCUCAGCAAACCUGCAAGACGCUUCGCUUAGCGUCCCACCCAACUCGAUUGUGCUUGGCCUGGCGCUGGGCGCCAACUCGCUCUCAGGUCGUGCAAGUCUGUCACCUGCAGCACCGAGCUUGGAGUCCGAAGCAGCCAAGUCGACAGCGAAAGAGGGCAAGAAGGCAGAGCCCACACUAACGCGCAAACCCAGCGAGAGAGAAGCGGAGCGGACGCGUCGCAUCUUAGAGAGCAUCGUCUACUAUACAGUCCCGCUCGACUCCAUCAUUAGGCCAACAGAUACGGGUGCCGUCAGUGGCGCCAGUCCGUCAUCAGCCAUGGGCAAAGCCAAGCCCCGAUCGCCGAGUCUUCCACGUCGAACUUCUCGGGAUGGAUAUGCUUCCGACCCCGAGAACACACCGGUGCGGAAAACAACUCCCGACAGUGCAAAAGGCCCACACGCACAGACAGAGGUGUCCAACACCGGCCUUGCGACUUCUCCGGCCGCGGAGCUUGUGCUUCCAGGCGCUGCCGAGACGCGAAGGCGCGAGAGACGCAAGGCAUUUGAGGAAGAGCAGCGACGAGCGCUCGAGCUCAGCCUCCGCGAGACCAAGAUGAUGCCGAGCUACAGCCUGGAUCAGGCGCGGCACGUGGCUCGAAAGCAGGCCGAGCUCAGGGCGAUGUUUGCUGCAGUGGAAGCGCUGAGGCAGCAGAGCGGUAGCAUGCUGCGGGAGCCUUCUGGACAAAUACAGCUCCGGCUCAAGCGGGAGCAGCAAGCAGCACGAUGCGAGGACGUGCGGCGAUUGGCCAGCGACGAGGUGCGCGAGCUCGAGCGGAGGAAGGCCGAGCUCGAGUCCAAGAAGGCGGCUCUCGAGGCGCGGCGUAAUGCGAUGCGUGCAUCUGGCGCGCUCUUCGAGGCCGCACAGCGUACGGACAAGCAGCUUCGAGACGAGCUGAGCGCGCUGCGCAGCAUACGGGCCGAUGUGUCGCUCGAUGUCCACUCGCAGCAAGCGUCGUUGUUGCGCGAUCUCGAGAUCAUCUUCCCCGUCGAGUUAUCCGACGCAUCGUCACUGCUCUUCUCCAUCUGUGGCCUGCCGCUGCCCAACGCUGUUGCAUCGCUGCCGCCCGCCGAGCUUGCGCAUGAGGAGAAGCGGUGGAAGGACACCGUAAGACACCACGUGCCUGCAACGACUCGACCCAUCUUCCAUCCAUUCGACGACGAUACGAUCAGCAGCGCAUUUGGCAUGGUGGCCCAGCUGGUGCUGCUGUUGAGCACGUAUCUGGCCACGCCGAUCCACUACCCGCUGGCAACGGCGGGCAGUCGAGCCGUGGUGCAGGACGGCAUCUCGCUCAUGAGCGGUCCGCGCGCCUUCCCGCUGUAUGCCAAGGGCAUGGAGAGGUACCGAUACGAGUAUGCGGCAUUCUUGCUCAACAAGGACAUCGAACAGCUCAUGAAUGUUCACUCGGUCACCGUUAUCGAUAUAAGGCAUACACUGCCCAACAUCAAGAACCUCAUGGUCACUGUCGCCGCGGCUCCACCUACCAGCCAUACGACGCGCAGGAGUCAUAUUGGCAAGAACGAGAUCGCGCUGCGCUCGGCGGCGGUUUCGCUGCCUCCUGUGAAGGACGAUGCCGGACAUGAGGCCGGGACGAGCCAGCAAGCGAAGCGCGGAACAGGGCUGGGGAUCGGGCUGCCAAAGCUCCCAGGUGCAGCGCAGCAGGCUGGCGAGGCCGAGGCGACGGCAGACAAACUCGUCACGACCCGUGUCCUUGGUGCGCCGUCCAAGCCCGCCGCCACCAAUGCCACAGCCAGCGGCGCGAUCGCGUCCGUCUCGCGUGCAUUCAGCUACUUUAGUGGCAGCGGUGGUAGCACGUGCUGA